AUGGCAGUAUUUAGAGUAAGAAGAACGAUGUGUUUUUGCGUCUGGUUGUUCCCCCUCGUAGUGGUCGUGGUGUGCGCCCAAAGUGCCGGUGUCAAUGACCCUAGCAAUAUGUCUUUGGUUAAAGAAACGGUGGAUAGACUGCUGAAAGGUUAUGAUAUACGAUUGAGGCCAGAUUUCGGAGGUGCCCCGGUUGGAGUGGGAAUGAAUAUAGACAUAGCCAGCAUAGACAUGGUAUCAGAAGUCAAUAUGGACUACACAUUGACAAUGUACUUCCAGCAGGCCUGGCGAGACAAGCGACUGUCCUACUCUGAGAUUCCCCUCAACCUGACCUUAGAUAACCGGGUGGCUGACCAGCUUUGGGUUCCCGACACCUACUUCCUCAACGACAAGAAAUCGUUUGUCCAUGGUGUCACAGUGAAAAAUAGAAUGAUCCGACUGCACCCGGAUGGUACAGUACUGUACGGUCUAAGGAUCACUACCACUGCUGCUUGUAUGAUGGACCUGAGAAGGUAUCCACUGGAUGAGCAAAACUGCACACUAGAGAUAGAGAGUUAUGGUUAUACAACAGAUGACAUCGAGUUCUACUGGCGAGGAGGAGACAAUGCUGUAACAGGCGUUGACAAGAUUGAACUGCCCCAGUUCUCCAUUGUGGAUCAUAAGCUCAUCUCCAAGAAUGUCGUCUUCUCCACAGGUUCUUACCCUCGUCUCUCCCUGAGUUUUAAACUAAAAAGGAACAUUGGGUACUUCAUCCUGCAGACAUACAUGCCUUCUAUCCUCAUCACCAUUCUCUCCUGGGUCUCCUUCUGGAUCAACUAUGAUGCUUCCGCUGCCAGAGUGGCUCUAGGUAUUACCACGGUGCUCACCAUGACUACCAUUAACACCCACCUGAGAGAAACCCUCCCCAAAAUCCCAUAUGUAAAGGCCAUUGACAUGUACCUCAUGGGCUGCUUCGUUUUCGUCUUCAUGGCCCUGCUGGAGUAUGCACUGGUAAACUACAUCUUCUUUGGACGGGGCCCCCAGCGUCAGAAAAGGGCAGCAGAGAAGAUAGCUGCAGUCAACAAUGAAAAGAUGAGGAUGGAUCCAAACAAGUGGCUGGUGGGGAACGUAGUUGGCAGAGAUGAUACUCUGUAUGCAAGAAUGAAACAAAGGGAUCUCGAUGGUCAUGAUUCUAUGUGGGAACCAAUCUUUGUAGAUGAUGCAGCAAUUGGACUUGGCGAGCAAAAGAAUAAGACAAACUUGACUCCUUCCCUUUGGCAGAUGGAAGCACAUGAAAACAUCUUGUUGGGUACCCUGGACAUCAAGAACGACAUGGGAGUUACAGAGCUGGCUUUGGGCCUGAAUGACCCACGGAAUACCAUGCUGACAUACGACAGCUCUACUCUGCAGUACCGCAAAGCGGGGCUGGCCAGGCACAACUUUGGCCGGAACACGUUGGAGCACCACAUGACUCAAAAGAGGAGCCGACUACGGAGGCGCACAUCACAGCUAAAGAUCAACAUCCCAGACUUGACUGAUGUAAACUCUAUUGACAAAUGGUCAAGGAUGCUCUUCCCAACUGUUUUUUCCUUUUUCAACAUUGUUUACUGGCUUUACUAUGUCAAUUAA